AUGAGCAUCUACUCCGCGCUAAUACUACUGGUGUGGUCAUGUAUGUUCAUAUCGGCGACGGCGAUAUCGUCGCAAAACGUGGGCAACAUCACCCUGUACGGGCCCGAUCAACUAGACAGUCAAGUGUCACGUGGUUUCUUGGAUUGUCUUCGCAACACCGGUGUCGAGUAUAAUAUCUAUGUCGACGAGGACGGGACCACGGUGGUAGUGCCGACGGCGAACCGAGACGUGGACUUCGACGGCGAAGACCGAGAGCUUCUCAGGUGUAUCAUGGAUGUAAAUCAUCGCAUGAAAGUGGCUGCCAAAUCAAGCGAGUACUACCAACGCGAACAUGAGAGUGCGGUUCCCAGCAGGUCCACCACGCAUGAGUGGUUGAGCGAGCAGGAUGCGCUAGGCAAAACACCGAUUGGCACGCGGCCUGCUAAGACACAUCUGACGGGCGAUUUCAGUGGAGGAGCUGCGGCCACGGGCAACGGGAUAAGUAUUAGAUGGAGGAGAAGAAUCGAAUUGAUGGCCCUUUCGCUACGCUACUGGACGUAUGCUUCAGACUAUACUGGUUAA